AUGAUGUUUCCCGACUUAGCUUUCGUGCACCCCGCUGGGCCUCCAUCCAAUAUGUGGCUAGACUUUGCAGAAGAUGUGGACGAUGUAGCUGCAAAGCUUCAUGACCUGAGGUUUGACAAGAAGAUCCCACCGGAGUUCCGAACGCGAAAAGUUCAAGAUUACAAGGCCCAAAGUGCACCACGAGCUUUUCAUGCCGACACCUUAGCAAUUUGCACAGCAGGUUUGGGUGGAGAUGGAACCCUGCAAGACAUGAAAGCGGAUCUAAAUUUGAUGCUGUCUCAGCCCUCCAUGCAGCACGUUUUGGUGACUGCAGUGCAGAUGCAGCGAUUGAUCGCAGAAACUGUGGCCGAAAGUGGGGACUUGGCCGUGCCGAUCUCGCAGCUCGGGCCGGAAAGCUUAGCGGUGCUUUCUUGCAUCCAGAAUCGCAAUGUUGCAGUGGACGAUGUCUUCGGCUAUUCCAAGCCCGGGAAGAUUGAUGUCUAUGCCAAGCCAAUGAGCGCGGCAGGGGCUGUGGCAUCUCGUUUGUCGACACCCACGGAGCCCUCAGUCAAGGUGGCUGUGACCUGGGGUGCCAUCGGUUGGGCGGUGCCAGUGGUGCCAUGGCCACGGGUGAAACAGAAAGUUUCUGGUACAUCAACAUCCUUAGUUGGUGCUUUUGCCGCAAUUGAAGCCCGCAAUGAUUCGCUUGCGGCAAGUGAGCUUGGUCACCUCUUGCAGAGUGCUGGCGAUUCUUGGGACAGCCGCUGGGUGGAGAAUCGUCAUUUGCUGUUGCCCGUGGCCUAUACCAAAUCAACGACCGUGGUAAUCCUGCUUCCAGCGGAUUCUGAACUGCCAGGAGUGCCGCGGCGUAGCGCCUUUGUGAGGCGAUAUCAAGGCCCUCCGUCAGCCAAGGAACCGGCGCCUGAAGGCUCGCAGUACAACUGCCAGGAAGAUGGUGAAUGCGUGGUGGAAGAGUGUCCACCUGCAGGCUGUCGGAAUAGCUUGGACGUCCGCAUGGAUGACAUGUGGUACGAUUUGUCCGGAUGGCGAAAGGCUCAUCCCGCAGGAAAGCAUUGGAUCGACUACUAUGAUGGCCGUGACGCCACAGAGGUGAUGCAUGCCUUUCACAGCGCCAAAGGACGAGAGAUGAUGAAGCGUAUGCCUCGCUCAAAGAAUCCCAAUGAGUUGGAGGCCCAGUGCUCGCCUGUGACGCCUUUGACCCGAAGCUUUCGAAAGCUCAGGAAGAAGCUGGAAGACGAGGGUUGGUGGCAGCGAGACUUGGCUCUUGAGGCUCGCCAGUGGCUGAUUUGGGCCUUCGUCACGGGACUGGGCGUGGCUUGUGCACGUAGUGGUGGCUGGCCAUCUGUGGCGGGAGUUGUGUUGUUGGCCCUCGCCAAUACCCAGGCAGGAUGGUUGGCUCACGAUUACAUCCACGGCGUGGAUAGCUUUGCGGACAGGAUGCGGUUUAUGGGACCACUCUGUGCAGGCAUGUCUCCACUCUGGUGGUCUGACAAGCAUAACAAGCACCACGCCAUGACGAACGAAAUCGGCGUUGAUGAGGACAUCGCCACAGACCCUGUGCUCUUCGUGCGCGCGCCCGAUCCAAAGAAUGAUUCGUGGCACAGGCGCAUCCAGCAUCUCACAGUUCCCUUAUCGUUUUCGAUGCUGUUCAUUGUUUGGCGCACUGAUUCCAUCAAAGUUCUAUGGAAUGAGUUGAGAAAGAAAAAACCGCGGAAAGGGGCGAUCACAGAGGCUGUCCUCCUGGCCAUCCAUUGGACCUUGGUUUUUGCAUUGAUCCCUUGGCAUAUCAUCCCAAUUUAUAUCUUACUCUCGGGCCUCAUCACGGCCAUCAUCACCACUGCCACGCACCAGUCAGAAGAGAUGUUUGAGAACUUCAACCCUGACUUCGUAGACAACCAAUUCCGAAGCACUCGCGAUGCCUCUGUGAGAAACCCCUUUAGCAAGUGGCUCUGGGGAGGGAUGCAAUAUCAAUUGGAACAUCAUUUGUUCCCAUCGAUGCCACGGUCCAAAUAUCCGGCCUUGCAGCCCAUUUUGAAGAAGUUUGCGGAUGUGAACAAAGUUCCAGGAGGGCACCGCAGCAGUGGUGCCAUGGAAUUGGUGUGGGAUAAUUGGAAGCUUUACUCAGAGGUGGCCCAUGCCGAGCCCAAGCCUGGCGCUCCACCUACCCGUGGAAGACAGCACCACGUCACCGCGGUGCCAUGA